UACGUCAGAAAGUUACUUUUAUGACUCUAUUUGGGUCAAAAGGUAGUUAGUGAAGCUAGUUCCGCCUUGCUUUCUCCCAGUGAUGGACAGCAGCGACAAGUGUCAAAAGUAAUCAGGGGUCAACGAGAUACGGGGGAAACACGUCUCCUUCCUUUUGGAUACACUAUCUCACAAGUUGAGCGGUUACAAGUAAAGAUAGUCGUGGAUUGUUGCAUCUCACAAGGAUUUCGCCUCACGUAUCAAGCAGAAGAGAUGGUGGCAAAUUUCAGCUCAAUCUGAAUACAUAAAGGAGCUGCUGACUGCUGAGUUUUGGACAUUGUGAUGGAAAAUCCUGAUGAUGAGGUCGACAGCACAACAGGCGGUGGUGAAGACGGAAACUCUGGUGGGGGAACACCUCCAACCAAACGCAAAGGCAAGUUCUCCAAGAUGGGAAGGAUCUUCAAGCCCUGGAAAUGGAGAAAGAAGAAGCCAAGUGAGAAGUUCACUGAAACAUCUAUAGCUUUGGAAAGAAAGAUUUCUGUUAGAAAAAGUCGGCAAGAGCUGAUUGCGAGAGGGGUUCUAAAGGACAUCCAGGAGAAUGAGAGCAAUGAUGUGAACCACUCUAAAGCUCCUCCAGUGAAAAAUGGGCACCCCAUGCCAAUGGACGUGGACAGGGUGUCGGAAGCCGGGGUGCGGGUUUCUCGGGGGGAGUCUGACAUGAAGGCGAAUCCCCUCAGGCUGCCCCAGGGGGAUGAACGUCGGAACAGAGCGCCGUCUGACGCCUCCCGAAGUAACCGGGCACCUCUGGACGUGGACUCUCACGCGCGGCUUACUGUGGACGUAGACAGACGAAGCCGCCUCCCGUCAGAUGUUGAUAAGAGAGGAGGAUCUUUACCCCGAGGGCCUCCUCAAGAUGAUAGAUACCGCAGAGAGGAGAGGAGAGAAGGAAAAGAUGACAGGGAAGACAGAGGAAGGAAAGACAGGGAAGACAUGGAAAGAAGGGACUGGCGAGAGGAAAGGGAACGGGAUGGGGGAGUUGACCGGAGGGAAGACAGAGACAUCAGAGAAAGGCGAGAAUGGAGAGAUGACCGAGAGAGGAGAGAUGAAAGGACAGACAGGAGAGAUCGCGACGAGAGAGAACGGCGGGAUCGCGACGAGAGGGAACGGCGGGAUCGCGACGAGAGAGAACGGCGGGAUCGCGACGAGAGAGAACGGCGGGAUCGCGAUGAGAGAGAACGCCGGGAUCGCGACGAGAGGGAACGAAGAGAUCGCGAUGAGAAAGAAAGGAGGGAUCGGGACGAGAGGGAAAGGAGGGACCACCGAGACAAGAGAGAUGACAGGGAUCGGCGGCUUGAGAGGGAAAGGAGAGACAACCGAGAUGACAGAGAAGAACGAGAUGACAGAGAUAGAAAAGACGACAGAGACAGACGGGACGACAGAGAGAGGAGAGAGGACAGGGACUGGGCCAAGAGAAAUGAAAGGGAGCGACGAGAUGAGCGGGAAAAGAGGGAGGAGAAGGAGAGGAGAGAAAAGCCAGACGAGUCGCGGCCUAUAGUCAGACCUGUCUCUGAGAUAAACCUGAGGCCUCCUCUGCAGAAGAGCUCCUCAGAGGACGCCAAGAAGACUCGCCCUGCCUCGGAGUCUGACCGGAGGAGUACGCUGCCCAGAUACAGCCCGGUCACAGAGUUCAGAGAACGCUCAGAGUCUGCUGUUGUCCGCUCCACCCCUGACCCUCAUCCAACACAAGACUCGCAGCAGGAUCCUCCCCCGCUCAAACAAGCUCUGCUUCCCCCAAAAUUCCUCACUGCUUCCUCCACCGAGUCUGCCAGGAGUCCAACCCCCUCCUCCUCUUCAUCCUCAUCCUCCUCGUCCUCCUCCUCGUCCUCUGCUCCUGUGGCCGCGGCCAAGCCGCCAAGGACUGUCUCCCUAAUAGCUGACGACUCCUCUCGACCCUCCCUCACUGCUUCUUCCUCAGCAGACCCUGUCACGCCGCCCCCUGUCCCUCCCCACGCCAAGCAGCCUCCCGUCCCUCCACCCAAACCCAGCAACCGCCACAGCAACCCUGCACUGCUCGCGGAGCUUUCGCAAUCCGGCAGCGGCGUCAUCGUAGUCCCGGCGCCCACUAAGCGUUCUCCACCGACCCCACCGAAGAGGAUGACCCCCGUCACCAAGCGCUUCUCCAUGGAUCCUUCCCCUCCCAGUCAGAUCCCAGACUCCGCUCCCACUGAUCCAGCUGCUGCCGCUGCACCGGCGCACCCUGCUGUCAUUAAAGGAGAUAACAGCGAGGACAGAACGAACGCAGCAGCCCCUCAGACCUCCACCGACCCUCUGCCGUCACCGCCGUCCCACAUACCUCCGUCUCCUCCCAGGGUUCAGUCGCUCCAGCCGCCCAGCAACACCUCCUCCGGUCCUGCGUCCGCCGUGCAAGCGGAUCCCCCGAGCCCGACCACCGAGCCUCCCAGCCAGCCUCCAGCCAUCCCCCUGCACAUCCUCAUCCAGAGAGCCCUCGCCAGCCCCGGCCCGGCUCAGCCCAACCCGGACGGCUCCCAGAGAGCCCACUCACUACUGUUUGAGUCGCCUCCAGAUUUCCUCACCGAGGUCGGGGCCAACUCACGGCAUUCUCUCCCGAUCACCAUCGAACCUCUCAGGCUGCCAGAAGACGAUGACUUUGACAUGGAGGAGGAGAUGAGGAAGCUCCAGCCUCAGAGGCUUCCUCGUCAGCCUGAGCUGGAGCCCCGCAGCCGCAGGGGUUUGGUCGGAGACCCCAGAGUCAGCGUCAUCCCCGAGGGCGGAGGCCCCGGGGACAGCGAGGAGGAGUCCGACUCUGACGGCCCCAUCCUGUACAGAGACGACGACGAUGAUGAGGACGAUGAGGAAGGCCCUCCGAGUGGGCUGGCGAGCCGCGUGAAGAGGAAGGACACGUUGGCGCUGAAGCUGGAGAGACAGGAGCGGGAGGAGCGGGACGCUCAGGAGAACCAGGACAGCAUGAGUUGGCACAACAGGGAGCAGUGGGUGGCGCUGAGGAACAAGAUCGGCACCACGCUGACACGGCGGCUGAGUCAGAGACCGACGGCGGAGGAGCUGGAGCAGAGGAACAUUCUUCAAGCCAAGAACGAAGCGGAUCGGCGAUUAGAGAGAUGCGAGAUCAAACGGAGGCUCACCAGAAAGCUGUCCCAGAGACCCACGGUGGCCGAGCUCCAGGCGAGGAAGAUCCUGCGUUUCCACGAGUACGUCGAGUGCACCCACGCCCACGACUACGACCGGCGAGCAGAUAAACCGUGGACCAAACUCACUCCUGCUGACAAGGCUGCCAUCCGCAAGGAGCUCAACGAAUUCAAGAGUUCAGAGAUGGAGGUUCACGAAGAAAGCAGGAUCUAUACCCGGUUCCAUCGGCCUUAGUUGUCAGUGCUGACCAGUGAAGCGCUCGCACCGGGAGUAUCCCCUCUAUGAACUGACCGUGUGGCCCACUUGGUUCAUUUUUCUUUUCUUUUUUUUUUUCUUGUUGUGUCGCUGACUGCCUGCUAACACGCGUCAGCUGAAGACACCUCACUGUCGCUGAUAAACUGGAACCAAAGCGAAAGAAGCCGCAAAUCAGUUCAACCACGGCUGGUUCUCACACAUGCUCCGGUUCUUACACUGUGGAA